AUGAAACUUGAUUUGAGUGAAAUCCCUAAAAGCUCGAGUAAAUCUAACAACAAGACGGGUCUUCCAGUGUGGCUAUUGGGUUUGGGUAUGGAACGGUUACGGGUCGACAUGAACCGUUUAUUAGCCUUACUCUUCCAUCAAGGAGUUUUAGAUGAACAAUUCAUACAACUUCAACAGCUUCAAGAUGACUCCUCUCCAAAUUUCAUCUCCGAAGUUGUCAAUAUCUACUUCAAUGAAUCCGACAAACUCCUCCGCAAUCUCACAAAUCUUCUGAUGGAGAAAGAUUUGAAAGUGGAUUAUAAGAAGAUUGGAAUGCAUAUAAACCAGUUUAUGGGAAGUAGUUCAAGUAUUGGGGCGAAGAGAGUUCGAAAUGUUUGUGUUGAUUUUAGGGCUGCAUCGGAGAUGGCUAAUAGAUUUGGGUGUUUGAGAGCUUUGGAGAUGGUUGAACAUGAAUAUUGUUAUCUCAAGAACAACCUACAUGAAUACUUCCAUCUGGAGCAGCAACUAGCGUUGGCAGCUAUCAUUAGGUAUCCCAUUCAAAAUUAA